GGCAGCCAGGCAGGCAAGCAAGCUAGCAGGCAGCCAGUGCACCAGCCAAGACCACUAGAUCCGCUUGGCUUACCGACUUAGAGACUUAAGCCGGCAGGCAGUCCGAAAGGCUCAACCGGCUAAGCCUGGCAGACCCACCUACCAACCGACUUACGCCCGCGGUAGCCACUACGCCGCGUAGUUCCAUCCACCGAGAGGAAAAUCGGGAUACACCGCUGCGGCACCGCCGCCGCCUUCUUAUAUUUUCCUCCAUCACCGUCUCCCGCGCCGCGCUGCUCCUCUUUCGCGUUACGUUAAGGGUUACGGAGGUUGGUGACGUGGUUGGUUCCGCGCGGACAUCGUCGUCGACGCACGACGACGGCAACGUCAACGUCGUUGCCCGCGGCCGCGGCGUCGGACGACGGUCGCGGGAAGAAGGUCCCGUCGCCGAGUGGAGUCUUAAGAGUGGAAGACGAGAUAGCUGGGAAUCGAAAGUGGAUAAUAUAGAUCGUGGUAUCGCGGAGGUGUCGCAUUCGCGUUCAUGUCGCUCGCGUCAUUUCGUCGACGUGACUCUUGAAUCGGUCACGAGAGAUUCUUCGUUGGUUCUUGGUGAAGCGAGCGAUUAGUGCUGCUCAGCGAUAGUGUUGGGGAUACUCGAACCUGAUCUACGAACGAGAAUCGAGAAUGUUGAUGGUAGUGAUAGUCUGGAACAAAGUGACGGAAAACUGAGGAUCGAGAAGAGCAAGAGAGCAGAAGCGAAAGAAUUCGCUGGAGAAUGUCACAUCCGCGAGGAUGAUAGCGCUGGUAGUUUAACCUACUUGAACGACGAAAUUUACAACUCUUCGCUUUUUUUCUUACGUAACGUGGCGACGGUUAUCUAAUUUAUCUGUCCUUCGUAACGCGCGCCUUAUCCACGUGUCUCGCGCUGCUUUUCGGAGCUUUGACGUGAAUCUGCGAUACUCUACGUAUUUACGGCAAUUAAUCUCGAGUGCGAAACAUCGCGAAUGCAUCGUUAUUAAAAAAAAAUUAUACGAAGAGGCGACUACAUGGUGUAACCAUCUCUUGAAAAAUCGCGCAAUCAACAAACACCUUGCACAAAUCUACAGCAAAAAAUCCUCAACUCUGUCACCGACUACAUCCGGCGAAAUUCCAGCCGACGGAACCUGGUAUCUCUCAUAACUCUAUUUUCUCUUCGGCAAAAAAAAAAGGAAAAAAGAGACAAAUCUAAUGUUCUCAGUUAGUUAUCAUCUUUGAAGACCGAUUGCUCCGAUUUCUCACGAGACCGGAGUCUCGAAUGUGUCCUUAAGAGGAGACGGCGUGCAAAUCCGGGCGCUAAUUCGCGGGGCCUCUCGCGGGCCAGGUUAAUCGUGUCAUCAAGUUGUAAGGAACAGUCAACACGACGUUAACCUUCUACAGUAUGGACCGGGGCGGCGGGGCCGGGGGGAGCCUCGAACUCGCCGGGGGCGGCGGCGGUGGAGGCGGCGGCGGCGGCGGUGGAGGCGGUGGCGGCGGCGCGGAUCUGUGUCUUCAGGAUCUCGUGAUCGGGCCGACGAGCGGCCUCUCGGUGCAGCAUCAUCAGCACGCGGUCGCGGCGACCGCCUCGAUGGCCAGCCUGCACGGCGACCAUCUUCAGGGCGCGAUGCACCACCACGAUCUCCACGGCAACUCGCACCACGACACGUCGAUGCUGCACAAUUCCAGCCACCAGCUGCACCACGAGCCGCUGGAGAAACUUAAACGUGUCUGGGCGCAGAGUGACUUUGGGGACGAAACCAACGGGGGUCUCGCAAGGCUCGAUUCGGGCCAUGGCGCUCAUACUCCCGGUGGUAGCAACCCUAGUACCCCGGGGGCGACACCCACGACACCCUCUGGAGGAUACUCUACCGGUCAGCCGAGAAACCGUACAAACACCACUCACAGGCCGGAUAUCCGAAAAGGUGUACGAUCACCACCAGAAGUGAAACACGAGUUGGGUGCUGCUGGCGGUGUCGUUUCUCCUGGAGUGGUCGGAGUCAACGAUACCGAUGACAAGGACGGCAAGAAGAACAAACGACAAAGGCGACAGAGAACGCACUUUACGCAGCACCAGCUACAGAAUUUGGAGAUGACAUUUAUGAGGAACCGAUAUCCGGACAUGUCGACCAGGGAGGAAAUAGCUUGCUGUACGAAUCUUACGGAAGCUCGCGUCAGGGUCUGGUUCAAGAACCGGCGGGCGAAAUGGCGGAAGAAAGAGCGUAACGCGAUGAACGCCGCCGCGCAGGCCGCGGCGGACUUCAAAUCCGGCUUCAGCACGGCCAGCCUGAACGGCUUCAUCGCGCAACCCUUCCCGGACCCAGACCUCUACAGUUCGUACAGCACGUACAACAACUGGGCGGCGAAGGUGCCGUCGCCGUUAAGCGGCAAGAGCUUCCCCUGGAUGAAUACUCUGGGCUCGGUGGUGCCUACGGCGUCGCACCAUCAUCAUCACGCGCAGGUCAGUCCGGUGAAUCCCUUCAACGCCGCGGCGACGUCGGUCGCGGGCAGCCACGUGGGCGGCAUGUCGGUGUCGGUCGGCCAGGCGGCCACGUCCAUAUUACCGGGCAUGGGUUCCGGUCUGGGUGUCGCGAGUUCUCCAGUCGCCGCGUCCGGUGCCGCGUGUCCAUACGCGGCGCCGGCUGCGCCGCAUCAUCCGUACGGACCUCCGGUUUACACGCCGCAUCAUCGAUCCCAGACCUGCACGGUGAUGACAUCCAGCAGUAUCGCGUCGCUGCGUAUGAAAGCGAAGCAGCACAGCAGCGGCUACGGAGGUACCUUCAGCGCGGGUGGUGCCACCGGUGGUACCACGGCGGGAAGUAUAAGUCCUGUCAGCUCAAGAGCGUCGUCGGUCGGCGGAGGUGGCGGCGGUAGUUUGAACGCCUGUCAGUACGCGUUAACGACGGCUGCUGGGGCGAAUCCUCAUUCCCCGGGUGGUCCCGAGGCGCACGCUAACGCUACCGCCAGGGCCCAAGUCUGAGGCGAAGCGGG